AUGCCCAGAAAGCUGCUGCCGGAUCACCUGUUUGGUGAAACAGCAAAUAGCUCCAUCGUACGGAUGAGCAAUGACGCCAUGCUACAGACUAAGAUGAAAAAUAAACACGAAAGAUGGAAACUACUGAAGGAGCUUAAACAAUUGAUUUCUAACGAGAAGGUAGCGCGAGUACACACUAGAAGGGAGCUGGAGACUCUGCGGGAUGAGUACAUGAAGAUGAUAGCCUGUGGCUGUGUAUACAAGGAACACUGCUUCGAGAGAUAUGAUCCCGUCCUGAAUAGACGACAGACAACUGAGAAAAACAAUGUCGUUAACAAUACAUUCUCUCGACAAACCUCGAUGUGUUCUACACAACUACCCGACAUCGACGACUGUCCUGGCUAUGUGAGGGUAUUGAAAAGGAAUCCGGUGAGGAGGAGCAAAUCCGACAUAUCUGACGUCAGACGUACGGACGACAGACCGACGCACACAGCUUUCUCUCGGACUAGAUUCUCUUCUAUAGCCGACAGUAACAUCAGUGAUAUUUCAACAGUGGAAAAUAGAAAUCUGGAGCUAGAUGACCCGGAAAACGAAAUGAAACCUAUUCCUGAAGAAAAUGGUACGGGUGAUGAGGAAGGAGAGGAAGAGGAGAAGAAAAUAGCUUCGGCUCUAUCUACAAUAUUAGCGAUUAAAUUUCAUGCUUUGGUGAUGUGGAAACAACAAAUUCACAAGGUUCCAGAAAGGUCUGUUUCGGAACGUCCGAGAUUUGUUCGGAAAAAGACCACAGGUGAAGCCCCUCCAUCAUCCGACAUCCGAGCACCAUUGUCACGACAACCAUCGAUGUUACCAGGAGAUUGUAAAACAAUCUUUGGAAUGAAGAAGUUCAUUGAACGCGAAGUGUCAAACAGGAUAAUCGUGCUUUCGUCGCCAAAGAAAGACAGAGCAAAAAUGGACAAAAUGAUUGAAAAGGUGCGUCUCCCACAACUCAUUGAAAGGCGCAAAACGACUUCGGCAAUAUUUCGAGAUUUCCGAACGUACAAAGAAUCGCUGCAUAACCGCCACUCGGAAACUAACACGCUGGACCACAACAAACCCAAAGUCGAUAUACUAGACCACAUCAGAUUAGUAGCAAGUGAAUCAGAAGACGAUUUACCUGUACACGAGGACAGCUUGGAGGCUGAUAAGUCGGACACCAAGGUGUCAGAGUACCACAAGUUGGAAUCCAACAGAUCAGAUGAAAGUGCUGUGUCUUCUACUAGACUUUCCAUAGAUAAUACCAAAAGUGCUUACGCAUAG